CAUUUCCCUCCAGACUAUCCUUUCAAACCGCCAAAGGUAGCUUUUAGAACUAAAGUCUUUCAUCCAAAUAUCAAUAGUAAUGGAAGUAUUUGCCUCGACAUUCUGAAGGAGCAGUGGAGCCCUGCAUUGACCAUAUCCAAGGUCCUGCUUUCAAUCUGUUCUUUGUUGACAGAUCCAAACCCAGAUGAUCCACUAGUUCCAGAAAUCGCACACAUGUACAAGACAGAUAAGAACAAGUAUGAGACUACUGCAAGGAGUUGGACUCAGAAAUAUGCCAUGGGUUAACUAAAGAAGAAAAAAUGUCAAACUCUUUCCAUCACAUAACAACAUUGAAGAAACUAUUGGGGGGAAAAAGUUAUCUGAUGAGCUCUUCACCUUUUGAAAAGUUGAGGAAUGUAAGAGAAAUGAGUAAAAUGGUAAGAUGUUUAUAUAAUAAUUAUUUGGAGAAUUUACAUAUAUAAUAGAGAAAAUUUUCAAAUUUACAUAUUUAAUAUUUAAAUUUUAUUAUUUAUGUAAUGUGGCACUUAGUUGACAAAAUUAUUAGCAAGGAAAUCAACCAUGAGAUCUUAUCGAAAGAAUCAUCGACGAGAUCAAUUAAUGUAAUUGAUUAGAGUGAGUUGAAUGGUACAAAUAUCACAAACAUGUUCAUUUA